UCGGGCAGGGAGGAAGGAUUUCAUUUCCGUCCUGAACUGUUGCUUUCCAUGGGACUUUAAGUCUGGACUCUGAGUGGAGUAUGUUGGAUUGCUAUAAAAACACCUGCUGUGAACUCUUUAGGACUCCUUACAUCAGGCAGAAGAGGAGGAACUCUUCAUAAAGCUCUUCAUCAAGGAACCAUUAAUUACUCAUUUGUAGUAGCAAAAACUGAAAUGAAACUGCUUGGAUGUACAGGUCAGCUCUGUUGACCAGACUACCUAGUGCAAUGCUGGAAACUGUUUACUGAUAUGCAGGAGUAAGGGAAAGCAGAAAAUCUCCAAAGACCUGUAUUUAAUAUUUUUCUUAUUUAAGACUGAGGUAAAAUAUUAUUUCUGUUGGUCUGAUUUAGAUAAUUAGUGAACAUUUCUUCUAACAUCUAGUUUACAAUUUUACAAUGUUCUGCAGUAUUAACUUGUAAAUUAUUGGCAUGUCUUAAACUGGUAUUUGUCAUAGGUAUAAAUAGUAAAUUAGUUAGUUAGUUAGCUAGCUAAAUAAUUAUCUACCUUAAUAAUUUGUUAGUUAAAUAAUUAUCCAUUAAAAUUUCAAGCUUGCAUGAUUAACACUUGCUAUCAAAUUGGAGCAGUCUUAUCUCUAAGUAUUUAAGUAUUUAGGGCACCAUGGUUAGCCCGUCUUUUCUACUCCACGUUGUCCUGGCUGCUUUACUUGGGUGUGCCUCACAGGCCCAGGAUGAGGUUAUCACAGAGAUGGACAUGCAGCUGUCCAAUCGGACAGCAGAUCCCACCAUGACAUCAGAGGGAGCGCUAAUACUGAACUCACCUGCAGGAGAAAUAGUGGAGGAAACAGUCCCACCCACAGGUACCCGCUGCCAGGGUUAUUAUGAUGUCAUGGGUCAGUGGGACCCACCAUUUAAUUGCAAUGCAGGUGUCUUCCUAUACUGCUGUGGCACCUGCUUUUACCGGUUCUGCUGCCAGUUCCGUCAGCAACGUCUAGACCAGACCUCAUGCUCAAACUAUGAUACACCACUUUGGGCCAACACAGGAAAACCUGGGGCCACUAUCACUGAGGUGCAGUCAGAGCAUGAGAGGGAUCGCACGCAAAUUAUUGUCUAUAUAAUUUGUGGUGUGGUGGCCAUCAUGGUCCUGGUAGGCAUCUUCACCAAGCUGGGUUUGGAAAGGAGCCGAGGUGGACAAAAUGAGGUCAACAACUCAAGGACUCUGCAGGAGCUGCUGAAACAGCCAGGAGGGGAUGUGAGCCCUGUAGAUGGAACCAUUAGCAGUAGCACCACCAUUGGAGCCAAUGGCAUUCCAGCUCGGAUGUUGCGCAGCCGCAGCGAGCAGUAUCACCUCAGCAACACAGCAUUCAGUCCAACAGUUGGAGUCUCUCAUCCCCAAAGCAACAACAGUCUGUCUGGCCUCACACACAGCAAGUACUCUUCACUGAAGGCUGUUGCAGACACGGCCAGCAGAGGUUACUAUAAGAGCUAUCCACUCAUGGAUUUCUCUCAAUACCAAACUCUUCCUCCGCCAUUUCAACCUAUCCCAGUGCACCAAAAAGAGAAGUCCUAUUCCCAUCAAGACAAGCCCUACAUGCACCAAGCUCUUCCUUCUCACGACAUCCACUCUGCUCUUUCCAUUUCCAUCCCCACCAGCCAACUUGAGAGGAGCUGCAUUCGAAAAACCAGCGCUCAUCCCUUACACCUAAGCUCAAGCUUCACAGUAUGCGACUCUGCAUCCCGGCAUGUCCAUCGGCAGACCUCACACCCUGGACACCCUAGUCGUAGGCAGACCUACGCCAGCAGAAGGCAAUACAGCAUAGAGAUGCUUCCUGAGCUUUUCUCACAGCCCAUGUCCUAUGAAGGACCUUCAUCCUACCCUCACAAACACAAGAGCUUUCAAACCAACAGCAAAACAGAAGUGACUGUCUAAGAGUCCUCAGCGGUUUCAUUUUAUUCACGGACACACCAAUGAUAAGACUUUCUUACCACUGAUGCUUAGCUUUCCAUCUGGUUUCUCCAGCCUCAAUAGUUCAGUCUCUGUCCUCUGGUCCUUAUGUCUCUGCUACAGCACACUGUCCCAAAAACACAGAGCUGGGAGGUAAGUGUGCAACAUGGAACACUGGAUUGGUCCCGAGGACUACAGUAGCUCUUCAAGGAUAAUGCCAUCAUCACAUCAGCUCUAGAGCUACCUCUGAGCUACAUACAACAGUAUGAGUUGAUCAUCAUUUUGGGGAUUCAUUAUUGAGAAAAGCUACACAUAGUGAUA